CACAGCUAUUCAAUCGCUUGACGGUUUCACAAAAACCCACACACAAGGGUAUUCUCGUAAAUUCACGUCAUUACGCCACCCCCAGGACUUACUACUGCAACUACUAUCGGCUAUCUUCUUCUUCUUCAUUAAUUCCUUUUUCACACACUUCUACAUAGAUAUAUAUUAUAUACAUACACACAAUCACACACCACAUUAUUGUUUCGGAUCCGGGUCGAAUACGAAAAAACCAUUGGAGAGAUGAAGUUGGUUUUGAAUAAUAACUCAGUAUCGUACUGUGUGAAGCAGAAUAAACCAUGUAUUGGGUGGGUUGAUAAGUAUUUUAAAGAUUGUCUUUGCAAUCUUAGAGACGAAAUCUCUUUCGGGUUGGGAAUCGCGAGUCUUGUUUGUUGGGGUGUCGCUGAAAUCCCUCAAAUUAUCACCAACUUUCGCACUAAAUCCAGCCAUGGUGUUUCGCUUCUUUUCCUCCUCACGUGGGUUGCCGGGGAUAUCUUUAAUCUAGUGGGUUGUCUUCUUGAACCUGCAACGUUGCCCACUCAGUACUACACAGCUGCGCUUUACACAAUAAGUACAAUAAUCCUGGUGUUGCAAAGCUUAUACUAUGAUCAUAUCUACACAUGGCUCAAAUCAAGAAAGGCUGAUGCUAGUGCUAAUAUAGAGGUGGAAGAAGCUAAGAAACCUCUUAGACCAUCGAACACCACUGAAGAACCACGUGAUGUGAACUCAAAAAGUCGCGCGAUCAGAACAUCCCCAUCGCCCCGCCAAGACUAUUUCUUCACGUCAGCAAGAUCAAUGGCCGGAAGUGCAACUCCACCAAAUCGAUCUUAUCUUUGGGCAACAAGAAGUGGUCCAGCUUCUGCCAUGGCUGGUGAAGAUGACUCCUCUUCAGAAGAUGAGUCAUCUGUUCAGAUACCCAAGCCAGCUGCUACCCAACCCAAACCCAUCCCACGUUCUGCUGGCUAUGCAGCGUUCUUGGCUACUUCGUUGAAUUUGCCUUCACAUAUCAAAGCUUCAAUGCAAGUUUAUGUUGGCAGGAAGUUGCUACAAGAGGGUGGUGGAAGUGGUGAUGUUUAUGGGCAAUGGUUAGGGUGGAUGAUGGCAGCUAUUUACAUGGGCGGUCGAGUUCCUCAAAUCGUCUUAAAUAUCAAAAGAGGCAGCGUUGAGGGCUUGAAUCCUCUCAUGUUCAUCUUCGCUCUUGUCGCAAAUGCUACUUAUGUUGGAAGCAUUCUUGUAAGAAGUACAGAAUGGGAGAAAAUUAAGGCCAACUUGCCAUGGCUGCUUGAUGCUGCAGUCUGUGUGGCACUUGAUACAUUUAUCAUAAUGCAGUAUGUGUACUACAGAUACUUGCGAAGGGGAAACGACGAAGAGGGACAAUAUGACGACUAUUUAGAAGCCAACAAAAGUUAUGUUUCUUGAUUGUAUGAUAAGCCAUUUCAUGAGAAUACGUAAGAAAAAAAAAGAGGAGAUCUAUGCACAAUGUUUCAAUCGGCCCUUCGUUGUACCUUGAUUUCAGUUGAUCAAAUAUUGGGACGUUUAAUGGAAAUCGGUAACCAAUUUGCUGUAAGAAAGCAUAUCGGGAGUCUUUCACUGCCAAAAGUUUGGAAUUUAAAUGGAGAUACGGACCAUGGCCCGACCGAAAUGCUUACGUUUUUCGUGUUUGUUUACAAAUAUAAUAAUUAUGUUCUUUUUAGUUGUUUGGUUUUAAGUUGUACUAUAAACAUAUGCAGGGAGAUGAGGUCCAAUUUUAUCAACUUUCUAAAGGUUUC